CCAUAGCAAAAAAUGCUAUAGUAAAUAAUUAAUCAAAGCAAUUUGCUUUUACCCCAGCAAAUAAAAAUUGAUCAUAUCACCAAGAUAUGCUGGUUUCCCUCACAUGAUAGUAUGUUCACCAAGAAGUGUUGCCCAAAAAUCGACCGCGUUAUUGUUUACAAUUGCAUUUGCUUGCUGUUACCUUCGUGAUGGCCACAAUCGGUUCGGAUGGAAUUGGCAGUAGCCGAUGUGGUAUUUUAGAGACUCGGGUGCGAGGUUGUUGGUAUAGAGUGGCAGUAGUGUUGGAGGCAGAUUUGAGUGUCACCCUUGAUGAAUCUUGUGAGACUUCGACGGCACUAAAUGGUGGUGCAUCGUUGCUCAACAAUAACAACAACCUGCCGGAGACGCCGUGCCGGGACGCCGAUGUUCCGGACGCUGUUGCAAACCAGAAGCGACAGGUGCGCGUUGUUAAAUCCGACAAUAAUGGCCUAGGUGUCAGUAUCAAAGGCGGUCGUGAAAAUCGUAUGCCGAUAUUGAUAAGUAAAAUAUUUCGUGGUUUGGCGGCCGACGCAGCGGGUGGCUUGUACGUGGGCGAUGCCAUAUUAAGUGUUAAUGGAGAAGACCUGAGGGACGCCACUCAUGAUGAAGCUGUCAAAGCGUUGAAGAGAGCAGGAAGGGUUGUGAAUUUAGAAGGUGAGUUUUGGAAAUUUUCUAUUAACCUUUAAUAAACGAACGCAUUACGUAAAACUA